AUGGCGCUGCAGACCCCCCGGCAGCGCUCUGGCCUCCAGCGACCGACUUAUACAGCCUCCUCGCCUUCACUGCGCGCCUCCACCGCCGAUGUUCAGCGCAAAGCCAGUCUCCAAGCGCUCACUGGCGCGCCGACAACACCUGCAUCCGCCGGCAUGGACGUCACCGAUCUGGAAGUGGGAGACAUGGUCAAUGUGCCGGGCGACAUGUUUGGCACCGUCAGAUUCGUCGGCACCGUCAGAGGCAAGAGUGGCAAGUUCGUGGGCGUAGAGCUGGCUAGAGAGUUUUCUGCUAGAGGCAAGAAUGACGGAGACGUGGAUGGCACACACUACUUCAGCACCUCGAUCCCCGGCUCAGGCAUCUUCCUGCCUGUCCACCGCGCCGAGAAGCGCGACUCACCAGCAGUGUCCCUCGACUCAUUCCCACUAACGCCCAACACACCAUCAUACAGCACCGUCAAUGGACAAAGAGCCCCACCUGCUAGCUCUGGGCUCAAGUUCUCACACUCUGUCGGACCAGGCGCACGACCCUUGAGUCCUACCUUCAAGCCGAAACGACCGUCUCUACCACGACCCGAGUCGCCAUUCAGGAAACCUGCGCCCGAUCUGCGCCCGACGCCUGCACGACAGCUUUCCGCUAGCACGAGAACGCCGGGUCGUGGUGUCACACCAGCCAAGAACCCGCUCUCGAAGACCACCACCUCAAGACCAUCCACCGCCAACAGUCAAUCGGCGCGACCAUAUUCUCGCACAGGCUCGCGACUGGGCCACAGACAAGAAGCAGACAUACCAGAGGAUAGACGACCGUCAGGUGUAAGCACAAAUGGACGUGGAGGCAGUCAAGGCUCGGCAAAGUCCUUCUCACAGCCGGCACGCUCGUCAUCAAGGCUGGGCAGUCGGGAAGGAGCUCACGAUCAAGAGGUCUUAUCUCUGCGUGCAGAGCUUGCAGAACGGGACAAGCGAUUGGCAGAGCAAGCGGCAAAUCUGGCAGAAAUGGAAGCCAGCGUGAAGGAGCUGUCGGGGCUGAUACCGGAGGAUGGCAGCUUGUCCUUCGACAAAGGAGACCACUCCACACCGGAGCUCAGGCAAAUUCUUCGUGAAAAGAACGAGAAGAUCACAAUUCUGACAUCUGAAUUCGACGCACACCGAGCGGACUUCCGUAGCACGUUAGAUUCCCUGGAGAUGGCAAGCACGGAAACCGAACGUGUCUACGAGGAACAAAAGCGGGAUCUACUUGCCCAAAUCGAGGAGCUCGGCGAGCGCAAUGCACAACUGGAAGAGUUGGGUCAAAGCAAGAAAGAGUUCGACGACGUUGCAAGGCAGCUUAAGCAGCUGGAAGAGUUCGUUCAAGAGCUUGAAGAAGGUUUGGAGGACGCAAGAAGAGGCGAAGCAGAAGCCAGGGGCGAAGUCGAGUUCCUGAGAGGUGAAGUUGAGCGUGGACGAUCUGAGCUCAAGCGUGAGCGAGAGAAGGCAGCAGCUGCGAUGAACGGAUCUGGUGCGAGUCCGAAAGAGUUGGAGCAGAAAGAAGACGAGAUUCGUGGGUUGAAGGCCAUUAUCCACAACUUCUCAACCAGCCCGGACAGCUCGAAACACAGCAGCAGCUCAUAUACCAAGUCUUCCGACGAGGUCAGCAAAUUGCAAGCGGCGCUCAACGAUAGCCAAAAAGCGAAGGAGGGGCUCGAGGAAGAACUGGAGCAAUUGCGCCGCGACUCCGCUAUGACAAAUGGCCAUGCCCAUGCACGAAAUGAGAGCGAGCAGACUGCCAAGGGGGCACGGUCUCGCGCGGAUACCAUCAAGGCUACUUUCGCUGAGCAUGCAAAAGCUUCGGCUACGACCAACGGCAAUUCGAAAGAGGAGCUCUUCUGCGAGAUGUGCGAGUCUUCGGAACAUGACACUCUCGACUGCAGCCACUUCCAACCCAACCAUGACAAUUCGACAUCGGACUCAGAGGGUGCUAAGGACAUCCUCGAUGACCACGAUGAGGAAUCGAUUGCGGGGGUCGAGAAGCCUGCGCCAUUGUCGCCAGCUCUCUCGAACAAGGAGAAUGAGAAGCAGCUGGGCCUUGACAAGGCCGGCGACAAGACGGCGUCCGACCCCUCAGAUAAAUGGUGCGCACUAUGUGAGAAGGAAGGCCAUCUUGCCUACGAGUGCCCGGAUGAGCAGUACUAG